UCGGCCAAAGCCCGCACCCUCGAUGACCUGUCGAAACUCGAGAGCCAUGUCCGUGCCAUAUACGAACAGGUCAUGAUGCGCCACAAUCUGCAGACGAGCGAGGGCAAACUGAGCUGGCUGAAGGAGCAGAAUGGGUCGCAGCACGUCGCCGACAGCGAAGCAGAACGGCACGCCGAGGCCCUGGGCGACGGCUCCUUUGCGUCCUUUGCCAGCUACUUCAUGUCGGGCCUGGCCAAUGUCAUGAAGCCUGCCCAGCCUCUCGACGAGUCACACCCAAUCUCAAACUACUUCGUCUCGUCAAGCCACAACACGUACCUCACCGGCAAUCAGCUCUCGAGCGACUCGAGCGUCGACGCUUACAAGAACGUCCUCAUGCGCGGGUGUCGCUGUGUUGAAGUUGAUGUUUGGGACGGCGAUGCCCCCUCCGACUCGAGUUCGGACGAAGAAGCUGCAAUGGGCAACCCAGGCGCCAGUGACGCAAGGAGAGAGAAGAAGAAAUCCAAAUCAGGCCUCAGCAUUCGGAAACGCCUCGGCCUCAAAUUCGGCACCAAGGACAAGUCCGACGACGAAGAGCCAGCGCCGCCGCCGCAUCAACCGGACAGCCAAAAGAUUCAGCCAUGGCAUUCAGCUUCCUACACGUCUCGCGCAGAACCCAGGGUGUUUCACGGCUACACUCUGACCAAGGACAUGACUUUUCGGGCCGUGUGCGCGACCAUCAGAGACUACGCUUUCACAGUAUCCAACCUACCUCUGAUUGUUAGUCUCGAGGUACACGCCGGCCCAGAGCAGCAGGAAAUCAUGGUCGAGCUUAUGCAAGAGUACUGGAAAGGCAUGCUGCUUGAAGAGCCGCUUGACCCAACGCAGAGCCUGGCCACAGUUGCCCUGCCUAGACUACAAGAUUUGGAGAACAAGAUCCUCGUCAAGGUCAAGCGCGGGCAUAUCCAGCCAGCUUCGACGCCUGGUGCAUCAACCCCGCCGCUAGAGCACGUCACGAGCGUCGAGUCUGCAGGCUCGGAAGAGGAAAUUGGUCCAGACGGAGAGAAGAAACCACCAGCGCCGAAGCCCAAAAUCAUAGAGUCCUUGUCAAGAUUGGGUGUCUACUUUGGUGGCUACUCGUACAAGGGCUUGGACACGCCAGAGGCCAAGAUACCCACGCACAUUUUCUCGCUUUCCGAAGGCGUGUUGAUGGAACUGCAUGAACAAAACCCGGUCGGUCUGUUUGAGCACAACAAGCACUAUCUCAUGCGUGCAUACCCAAAGGGCCUUCGGUUGACCUCGUCCAACCUAAACCCCUCGGUCUUCUGGCGCGCUGGAGUGCAGAUUGUAGCUCUCAACUGGCAACGCUGGGACGGUGGAAUGAUGCAAAACGAGGCCUUGUUUGCAGGCACCCCAGGAUGGGUUCUCAAGCCAGAGGGUUAUCGCAGCACGAGCAAGGAGCCAACGCAAAAGACUGCCAUUGCUCACCACGACAUGGAUCUCAGCAUCGAGUUCAUCGCCGGGCAGCACAUCCCCUUGCCUCCUGAGGAAGACGACCCCAAAGACUUUAAGCCUUAUGUCAAGAUUGAACUCCACGUUGAGUCGCACCAAGAGCGGAAUGCCGAGCCCGUACCAGGCAAUGGAAGGAGCCAAAAAGGCGAAUACAAGCUAAAGACCAAAACGGCCAGGGGCCCCAAUCCCGACUUUGGUGGCGAAGUCGUCAAGUUCACUGGUGUGCAGGGCGUGACGGAUGAGUUGACCUUUGUCAGAUUCAAAGUCAUGGACGAUGAGCGUCUCGGGGACGACCUGGCUGCUUGGGCUUGCUUCCGCAUCGACCGCCUUCAGUCCGGCUACCGCAUACUGCACCUCUACGAUGCAAACGGCGUCGUGUCAAAGGGGGUGCUGCUGGUGCGGAUCAGCAAGACGGUUAGUAGGGCUUGAAUGAAACCAUGCAUUGUUCUAAGCCGCUACGUUGACUAGUGCUGUCGUUGACACUUGGGUUGCACUGAGACGCAGUGCACUCAUGUUGAUGCCAUGUGUGGAUGUAGCUAAUUCCACGGAUAGUUUUUCCCGGCCGGUCCGCGGUUUGGUCGAGGAAAACAACUCUCACAUGAGAGUUUGCAGUUGCAUGGGCAUCGCCAGCAGCAUGAGCUGUAUCAUCGAUUGCAGAGUGAGAGGCGCAGGUAUGGUGGUGGGCUAAGCAAGUUUACACGGCUUUGAGGGCGGUCGAGUACAUUUUGCAUAGGAUGUAGUCGUAGCAUUGGUGUUAGUGGCUGAAGCGUAUCGUUUUCCAUUGUCCAUGUCAUUC